UGGGCAAGGGUGAAGGAAAAAGCUCUGCCGUGACACCUUAAGCCCAUUAAUUUCUCGGUCGCCAGGGGAGACGAUGCUUCUCUCCGCAUCACCAACGGAUUUGGCAAAUUGAAAAGGAAGGAGAGGCAGGAAAAGCACAAAUCCCGCUUGCCUACAGUGUUGGGAUACCUGCUGGCAGCUCGGUUCCUCUGGGUAGUAAAGCGCAGAUGCCAGCAAAGGAGAAAAGGCUCUGACGGCUGAGGCAACGCUACCAGAUUUCUGGGGAGGGCAAGACCUGAUUCGUGUUUGGUGACUUGGCAGGCCCAACUUGACUCCCUCCAUUGUACGCUCCGGCUGGAAUUAACGUCCACUUUUCCAUCAAGACCUUCGGAUCGCCUUCCUAACAGAGGCCUCUGAGGUGGCCCCUUGGGAUUUUCGUUGGCCUCCUAAAAGAGGGCCUAGAUGAUCGAGGUUGCAUCUAAAUCUGUUGUGCGGCAACGUCCAUAAUAUCUAGACCACCGGCCUCUAUCUAGGAUCACCUCCAUCCUCCUUCCUUGGCUGCAAAACCCAUUCCGGACUGCUCUCCCUACCCCCAUCCCUUUCCCAUCCGCCAGAGCCACCACAGCUGUGGAGAUGGCCUUGCAUUGGGCGUUGCUCUGCCUCAUCUUCUCCCCACUGAUGCCGGCCACUGAAUACGGCUUGCCCAAAUUCAUCUGCAGCCCUAUGCCUCUGGAUAUGGACAACGGCUGCCAGUCAGCCAGCCAGCAGCGACACGGAGCAGGGGCUAACAGUGCAGGCACUGGGCACUGGGUAGGGACUCUUGAGGAAGCCAAGGAAACCAUCCUGCACCUGCGGGAGACCGUGGUGCACCAGAAGGAGACGAUCUUGGACCAGCGGGAGACGGUGCGGGAGUUGACAGCCAAGCUGAGCCGCUGCGAAGCCCAUUCCCGGAGACAUGUUGGGGAGCACCAUGGUGGUCACCAUGAAGAGAACCACAGCCAUGGGCAUGGGCAUCACGAGGGAGUCCACAGAGGCCACCACGAGGGUGGGCAUCGGACCCACCAUGAGGAUGGUCACAGGGGACAUCAUGAGAAUGCACACCAAGGCCACCGCGAGGAUGGGCAUCAGGGCCACCAUGAAGAAAGUCACAGGGGACACCAUGAGGCUGGGCACCGAGAUCCCCAUGAAGGCAUCCAUGCCCGGGAGAACGAGUACCACCAUUUUGGGCAACGGGAGCACCAUGAACUACAGGUGGGGCACAGCAACCAUGAUGCCUUUCGCAAGGGGGCUGCUGCUGCCAACACCAUGGAAGACCCACCCAAGGAGACAUCUGGGGUGAACCAGAUGGAGAGGAUGCUGGAAUCCCUCAAGGAGAGACUGGAGCAUCUUCAGCACAAUCGGAACAGCUCUGUCUUCUCCACGUCCCUGCGCGAUGCUCUCCAGAAAAAGAUAAGCAUCUUGGAGCAUCAGAUCCACGAGAAAUCAAACACCUCUGAGCAUCACACGGUGGGUGUGCCAACAGCAGCAGGGCUCAGGCACAAGCACGUCUCUCAUGGGCACAGUGUUGAGAAAGGAAACAAGGUGGAGAAGCAGUCUGAGGACUUCCGGGUGGGCUUCCCCCUCCGCACUAACUACAUGUACGUCAAGGUGAAGCGUACGCUCCAUCACGAGAUCUUUGCCUUCUCCAUCUGCCUCUGGCUCAAAUCCAGUUCCGCACCGGGAAUGGGCACCCCUUUCUCCUACUCUGUGCCAGGCCAGGCCAACGAAGUGGUCCUCAUCGAGUGGGGAAAUAACCCCAUGGAACUGCUGAUCAAUGACAAGGCCGCCACAUUACCUCUGGCCAUUAAUGAUGCUAAGUGGCACCACAUCUGUGUGACCUGGUCAACCCGGGAUGGCAUUUGGGAGUCUUACCAGGAUGGAGUCCGGAGAGGGAGCGGAGAGAACCUGGCUCCCUGGCAUCCGGUGAAGCCUGGGGGUGUUUUUGUACUGGGCCAGGAGCAGGACACUCUGGGUGGCCGCUUUGACGCCACUCAAGCCUUCAUUGGGGAAAUCUCAGAUUUCAACAUGUGGGGCCACAUCCUGACACCAGGCGAGGUUUACAAGAUGGCUACCUGCACCAGCUACGCCGGUGGCGACAUCAUCAACUGGGCUGAAGCCUCCAUGGAGCUUCACGGAGGAGUAGUCAAGCUACCAUUUAAUGCCUGCCACUGAGAGGCUAUGAAGGAAGAGGGACUUCUGGGUUCUGGAGA